AACUGUAUUAAAACAUCAUAACUGUACAUAUCUUAAUCAUCAUGUUUAUGAAUCAUUAUCUAUCUUCAUUUCAAGGGUAAGAUGCAUCAGGUAGUGUACAUUGUAUCUUUGAUUAUUUCUUUUAGAGUGAGAGCCGUGUUCUUAGAAAGCUAGAAAGAGCCUGUAGUUCAUGUUGUUUCCGUCUGUUUGCUUGUCUGUCCGUGUCUGUCUGUCUGUCCCUCUGUCUGUCUCUCUUUCUCUUUCUCUCUCUCUCUCUCUUUCUCUCUCUCUCUUUUUUUCAUCUGUUAUCUAACAUAUGCUAAUACACUACCAUGAAUAAAAAUAUAUUAACACUACCAUUGUGUGUGACAAAGUGUGUGGCAGCGUGUAAAAUAGUAUGUAAAAAGUAACAAUAAUGAUGAUAGUAACAGUAGAGGUAGAAAUUAUUUACUAAAAAAUGACUAAAAACAAAAGUAGCAUCAAGAUAAACUUCAGCAUCAACAACAAUAACAUUUGCAAGAACACCAAUAACAAUAACAAGAAUAUUAACAGAAACACUAAUAGCAGUAUCAACAUUAUACCGAAUGUUGAUAACAGUUGUAGUAGUAGUUACAGUAGUUGUAGUAGUAGUCAUGCCAAAUACGGCAUUGUUAAUAAUGAUAUCAAUGAUGAAACAGAGAUAGUGAUAACAAUGCAAAGUAUUUGAUGAAAUCACUGAUGUUCAUCAAAUGAUAAUCCCAAUAAUAUAACAAGAUAAUGAAAACGUGUAAAUAGUAAACGCAAUAUUAAUAAUGAGAAUAAAAUUGCAAUGAUAAAACCAUUUAGGGAAUCAGGUCCUGUGUCUCAACACGCUUACUUCUGCUCGCCUGCAUUUCCCCUGACAGGCGGAAGACUCCAAGACGACCAAAGAAACGACCUGUGGAAGCCGCCCCCUGUACGCUAUGAUAUCGUCGCCAUCGCCGCCGUCAGGCACGAGACCCCGCACAUCUACGACGACCCGAUUGCAAUUAGAUCACAUCAAGAAAACGACGAAAAUGAAGAAGAGAAAGAUAGUGAUAUUGUUAAAGUUAUCCCUGAAAUCAAGCAGUACCCCGCGUUUUCUCUGACUGCCGCAGAUUGGGACUUCCGCAACAAAUCUUUUUCGUGGCAUCUGCCCAACUCCAGGCUGCUGCGGACCAAGUCAGACGUCCGGUCGCCAAAUCGAGGCUCUCCCAGGAAGCCCCUCAGGGUCGAGUCUCCGAAACUGCCCAGUGAGGAGAGCCACGAGGAGAGGACCGCCGACGAGGUGGACGUCUCCGGCGUAAGCAGUCCCGGGAGGAGGUCGAAGGCCCCGUCGAACGUAGAAUUCAGACUGAUUCUCGUCCCAGAGACCAGUAAGAUGCUUCAGGUCGCCCUCGAGCGAGACACGAGGCUGAUAUCUUACCUGUCUAAAGACUCCCCCUCGAAUACCCUAUCAAGCCAGAAAUUCCCGACCAUCACAGAAGUGGAGGACGAAAUGAAGUGCGUCAGCUCGGACGAGUGCUCCUCUCCUCUCAUCGACAUUGACGAAUCGACGCCGAUGAUCCCCGCAAAACGAUCGGAAUCCCCAGUUCUCACAUCGUGCUUGAACAGCGCCGACGUCGGAGCCACGCGGAGGGUCACCUACGCCCUGAAACCGAUACGCGAGCACCCGGACGAGGGACUGGCGUCGGCCUUCGAGAACGACGACAGCGACUCGCCUCGCAGAGCGACGACGCCGAAGCCCCAUGGCGACCUGGUUGCCGCAAGGUGCCUCCAGAGGUCUCCCUCGUGCCCCACGCCCUCAAAAAUCAUACAAGAAACGCACAGAAAGAGAGAUCUCAGACCCUCACAACGGCCCCUCGAGCCAGGGACGGGCAGAAGGGGAGGCCCUUCUCUUCCUUUGGUGGGGAAGUUAGGGAGACGACACGCCUUCAGACCCAUGGAUCGGCCCAACCACGCCCCGCCCGCGCCGCCCGACCAGAGAAGAGCAGAGGAUCAGAUGGCCAGUGAGUCCGCCAGCCCCAGCUCCUCGGCAGCGCUAAGGAAGCCCAAGCUCGGCGUCACCUCCCUCAACCCUCCCUCUUCCCCCUCAUCGUCGUCGUCCUCCUUUUCUUCCUCCUCCUUCUCCUCGUCAACCUCCUCUCUCUCCACCACCUCUUCCUCCUCCUCUGCGAAAAGCGGAGUCAGACGAGCGAGAGAAACCCCGACCUCCCCCCCUGCCGAGGCCGUGAGGAGGUCACCCUUCAGGAGGAAGUUUCAGGGUCAGAGGCUGAGGCCGCGGAGUGCGCAUGCGCCGAUGACGUCCGGGGCCGAGCACGUCCUCCAGUGCUGCCUCGAGGGGGAGGAGGAGGAGGUGCCCCGCCGAGGUCUGUCGGCCUCUACCCCGUCCUCCCCUCGAUCCUCCUCCUCCUCUUCCUGCUUCCCAUACUCCUCCUCGUCCUCCUCCCCCGUAUCCUCCUUCUACUCGUCCUCCACCUCGCUCUCCAUCUCAGCCUCUCUCUCGUCCCAGUCCGCCUCCGCUUCCUCCUUCCAGUUCUCGUCGUCCUCCUCGUGCUCGACCAUGUCCAGCUCGCCCGUCUCGUCCUUCCUCUCGCCCUCCCUGUCGGCGCCCUCCUCCUCCUCCGUCCUCUCCCUCGCCUCCUGCUCCACCUCCCCCGACUCGGCGAUCUCGGGCCACGUCACGCCCUCCUGAGCCCCCUCGGGAUGACGACGACGACGACGAGGACGAGGACUCCCUGUGGAGGACGACCCGUGCUGUAAAUAGUGUACAGGGAGGGGCGCUGGCGUGCGUCCGCGGGCGAUGGCUCUCCGGGUCUGGCUGCGGCUGGUCCGGCGGGGCCUCGCUACGGCUGGGCGGACGCCCUUGUACAAAUGUUCUGUUUAUGUACAAACAAUUACUUUAAAUUGAUGUGUAUAUAUGUAUAUGCAUAUACAUACAUACAUACAUAUCUAUAUAAAA